AUGAAACGUAUAAUUGUUCACAAUAGAUCAUUCUGGUAUUAUAACAAUUUUAUAGUAAAAUAAAUACACUUAAUCAUGUUGGAAUACGAAAAUGAGAUGUUUUUAGAAAUAUUACAUGAAGAUGGCUUAGUGAUAACAGCAAAGGGUUUGGGUAUAGAAACUGUAUUUGUAAAUAUAUUAAAAGUCUAUUUAGAUCCUGGAAAUCUUGUUAUUGUUUUGGGAACUACAGAUCACGAUGAAAGAUAUUUUAUAGACAAAUUACAAGAUUUGGGUACAAAAAAUUUACCUCGUAUUGUAACGGGUCAAUGUACGUCCAACGAAAGAGAAGUGAUGUAUCUAGAAGGUGGAAUAUUAUUUAUACCAGGACGAAUUUUAGUCGUAGAUCUAUUAAAAAAUAGAUUGCCCCUGAACUUAGUUACUGGAAUUCUUGUAUAUAAAGCUCAUAACAUUUUGCGUUCGUACCAAGAAGCGUUUGCAAUCAGACUGUACAGACAAACAAACAAGACUGGUUUCAUCAAAGCUUUUUCUAAUUCGGCAUUAUCUUUUACUUUUGGAUUUUCUAAUGUAGAACGUGUAAUGAAAACUCUUUUUGUUAAAAAAUUAUAUCUAUGGCCUCGCUUCCACACAAUUGUCAAUAACAGUUUGUCGAAACUUAAGCCUGAAGUUUUGGAAUUUCACGUGAAAAUUACAAUAAAAAUGUUACACAUUCAGACUGCUUUAUUAGAUUCAAUGAAUUAUGUGGUGAAAGAAUUAAAACGUAUAAAUAAAUAUUUAGAUCUGGAAGAAUUGACAGUUGAAAAUGCAAUAGCUAAGAAGUUUCACAAGCAACUCCAAUCACAAUUAGAUCCUGUUUGGCAUCAACUUAGUUCCACUACAAAGCAAUUGUUAUCAGAUUUGAAAACAUUACGAGGACUUCUUAUGUCUUUAACAUACAAAGAUUGUGUAUCGUUUUAUUCGACAUUAAAUAGUUUACGAACUAUGGAUUAUGCUAUGCAAAGUUCAGGAUGGUUAAUGCUAGAUGCGGUCGAAAAUCUAUUUAAAUAUGCGAAAGAAAGAGUUUACACGGAAAAAAAUGAAUUGAAGCCAGAACCAAAUCCAAAAUGGGUUGCAUUGAGUGAAGUAUUAAAUGAGAUACAACGAGAUAAAAAAAAAGAAGAUAAUGAAAAUCCAGAAAAGGUUCUCGUUUUAGUUCAUGAUAGGCAAACGUGUUAUCAGUUAAAAAAAUGUUUAACUAUGGGAGCUAAUGAAUAUUUACUCGAUGAAGCGUUUAAAAAACUGCAACACGAUAAUCUUCACAAAUUAAAUAGUAUUGCCGAGAAUAACGAAAAAUCAAUGUCAACAACUGAAUCUGAUAAAGAUGAAGAGAUAAUGGAUACACAAGAUAGUUAUGUAUUGACAUUAUCGCAAAAAGCUGUUACAGAGAGUCAAUCUACUGAUCCGGAAAAUGAGUAUCAUGAAACUUUAUUUGAAGAAUGUUCUCAAAUAGCUGAAUUAGAUCUAACAACAAUUACAACAACUGCACCCAUAAUCAUUCUACAAUCUUUAAAGAAAGAUGGUGAUCCAAUGGCAUUACAACGAACGCUAAAGGAAAGUAAGCCUAGCAAUGUAAUAAUGUAUGUCGCUGACAUCGCAGCCGUACGUCAACUAGAAAUAUAUCAAAAUAAUAAUCCUUCAAUAAAUUUAAAAGUAUAUUUUUUAAUUUAUGGAGGAUCUGUUGAAGAACAGGAAUAUCUAACAGCUUUAAGACGAGAGAAAGAAGCUUUCCAUGUUUUAAUCAACACUAAAAAAACAAUGGUUGUACCUGAAGAUCAAGAUGGAAAAUCAGAAGAUUGCUUAACAUUUGCAACACAGUCGAGCAAUGAAAUGGAACAAAAUACGCGCAAGGGAGACCAAGAAAAUCAAAAAAAUAUUAUUAAUAAAGUCAUAGUUGAUAUGAGAGAGUUUAAUAGCGAACUGCCAUCCAUUUUACACUCUCGUGGCAUACAGAUUGAACCUGUAACUCUAGCUAUCGGAGAUUAUAUUCUAUCUCCAGAAAUUUGCAUUGAAAGAAAAAGUGUAUCUGAUUUAAUUGGUUCUCUUAAUACUGGAAGAUUAUACAAUCAAGCUGUUGCUAUGACUCGACAUUAUUCUAAACCAAUGCUUCUUAUCGAAUUUGAUCAGAAUAAACCAUUCUGUUUCCAGGGUUGCUAUUACAUGGGUAAAGAUGUUAAAAGUUUUGCUAUCACAUCAAAAUUGCAAUUGCUGACUUUACAUUUUCCUAAACUAAAAUUCGUAUGGUCACCAAGUCCGCAUGCAUCUGCGCAGUUGUUUGAAGAAUUGAAGAGUGGUAGGGAUCAGCCAAGUGCUGAAAAGGCUAUCACGAUUGGAGUAAAUGAAAAUGCAGAAGAUGAGCAAGUCAUGAUUCAAAAAUAUAAUCCUCAUAUACAAGAUUUCAUUGCCAAGUUACCUGGUGUACAUUCGAAGAAUUUAUGCGCAAUUUUAAAUCAAGGAAAAUCGCUUGAUCAUCUUAUUAAAUUUACAGAGGAUGAAUUGGCUGAAAUGAUUGGAAACAAAAGUGAUGCACAAAUGUUAUAUAACUCGAUUCAUAAUAAAUGCGGUCCAGAUGAAGAAACGGAUAUAAAAAGUAUAGGUGGUAGAAAAGUUUCAAAGGGACGCGGUAAAAAACUUUUCUCUAGAAUAAAGCAAUAAUAUGCUAAAUUCUAUUUUUCUUAUUGUCAUUAUUGUAUAUAAUUUGGAAUGUUAAUUAAUCAUGAACUUUUCAUGUUUUUUUAAUCAUAUCAAAAAAUAUAGUCGUUCUAAAUUAAAAAUAAGUCUGUGAUUUUUAUUAAGUACAAAAUAAAAGGAAUGUUUUUCAGUAGAUGUUGAAUUGUUUGUUAAAUCUAUUCACAAUUUAGAUUUGUAGACUCUAAAGCAUGAAGUAUAGAUUUGUUCAAUAUUUCCUCAAUAAGAGCCAAGGACGAAUCAGUAAUUUUUUUAUCAUCUUGUUGCUGUAUCUUAAAUUGUCUAAGAAAAGAAAUAAAUAAUUAGCAAAUUGUU